CAGGUUGUUCCAGUGUUGGAGUUGCCCCUCUGGACUGGGUCAUAAUCUUCCAAGUGCAGGCAGAGUUCACAAGCACUGUGCUGAAAUGGCUGCAGGUCACGGUUGCAUAGCAGAUCGUCAGUGAGCAGAGAGGGAGUUUGGAGCUCAGAUUUGACUGCAAGGGCCUCCCUUAGCAAAUUUAAUGACUCAAGUUAAGAACUCUGGGGGACGGAGGCGAAAAGGUCGUUCUCGGCCUCCGUCCUCCAUGUCUGCUCCUCCUGGCUACACUCGACUGGAGCAGAAUGAGCCUAUGAACCCUUUGCAUAUCUCUGUAGGAGGCCUCCCCAUGCUGGCUUCCAUGGCCAGUCCCACCGACCCUCGGUUCCGGCUCAAGUGGAAGCCCAUUGUGGCCGUGGCCACGUUCCUGGUCUUGGUUCUGUUUCUCCUCAUGCACUUUGGUUCGGGCCACUCAUAUGGCUCGCAGGGCUGGAGACCCUGCCACGGCAGCGCAGUCAGGGACUCUGAUUCACAGUACAACGACACCUAUCCUCUAACUGCACCUGAACGCACACCGCAGGGGAUGCGCUACCGCAUUGCGGUUAUCGCGGACCUGGACACGAACUCUGCCAGUGAGAAGAAACUGACGUGGUUCAGCUACAUGCGGAGGGGGUACCUGCUGGUGUCGCAGAGUGGAGACAAGGUGGCGGUCGAAUGGGACGCUGACAAAGUGGUCCUGGAGAGUCACCUGUCAGAGAAGGGCCGGGGCAUGGAGCUUUCUGAUUUGGUGGUGUUCAAUGGAAAACUCUACUCCGUCGACGAUAGAACGGGUAUCGUCUACCAUAUAGACAGAGACAAAGCUGUGCCCUGGGUUAUCCUGCCUGAUGGAGAUGGGAAUGUUGCCAAAGGGUUUAAAGCUGAGUGGCUGGCAGUAAAGGAUGAACACCUGUACAUUGGAGGCCUGGGGAAAGAGUGGACAACCACUGAAGGCGAGUUUGUCAACAACAACCCAGAGUGGGUGAAAGUGGUGGGCUUCCGGGGUGAUGUGCAGCACGAAAACUGGGUUCCCAGGUACAAAUCUAUGAAAGAAGCUGUGGGGAUUGAGCCGCCAGGAUAUAUUAUUCACGAGUCGGCCGCUUGGAGUGACACCUUACAGCGAUGGUUUUUCCUCCCACGUCGCGCCAGCAAAGAGCGCUACGAGGAGACAGCGGACGAGCGCCGCGGGACCAACCUCGCCCUGAGCUGCUCGCCUGAUUUCAAAGACUUCAAAGUGAGCCUUGUGGGGCCACGUAUCCCCACGCACGGUUUCUCUUCGUUCAAGUUCAUCCCCAACACAGAUGACCAAAUCCUUCUGGCGCUCAAGUCAGAGGAAGACGCGGGAAAGAUCGCGACCUACAUCAUGGCCUUCACUCUUGACGGACGCAUUCUCUUACCCGAGACUAAGAUUGGUGAUGUGAAAUAUGAAGGUAUAGAGUUUAUAUAGAAGGCUUAAAGAUGGAGACUUAGUCUUGAGGCCACUGCACUGUGGUUGAAGAUUGUUUACAAUCCAGACACUGUUGGACUUGCCACACUUGCUGCUUCCUGGAAAACCAUCACUAAAGCCCUUAUAGGGUUGUCUUCAUUGCAGACAACAGACCUUAAGACUUAGUCUGCAAAAAAAAAAUGUUUGUCUUGUGAGUUUGGUAAUUAUGUAAGACCAUUUGAGCAUCGUCAGCUUGUUUUCUGGAAGAAAAAAAAAUGUGGCUUUUGACAGUACUGUAGCCUUUCUCAGAAUGAAUGUAUACAUAAAAUUGAUUAAUGAAGCUGUGAGGUUUAUGUUGUUGUUUUUUUUUUUUUUUUCAGUAAAUAAUGCAAAUUCAUGCUCACACUGUACACUCUGAACAUUGUUUUUCUCUUCUUUGCUCCAAUGUAAACACUCUGGACAUUUUUUUCUUUUGUCUCAACACAAUCCGAGGAAUGUUUUUAUAAAACUGGAAUUCGCUGUACUGGAUAGUUUUGUUUUAUUUUGAUGGGGGUGGGAGGCUCACAGUAAAAUAUUGAUUCUUCUUCUAAAA